AUGAAGCACUCCCCCUCCAUUUCCCUCACUUCCUUCUCUUUCUUCUUCUUCCUCCUCCUUAUUGCCAGUUUCAGUGUCUCGUCCGAGGAGCGUGCUAGCACCCCGCCAAGAGGUUGGAAUUCUUAUGAUUCCUAUUCCUGGAUCAUCUCCGAAGACGAGUUUCUGCAAAAUGCCGAGAUCCUUUCCCAGAAGCUACAUGCUCAGGGAUAUGAGUAUGUAGUAGUGGACUUCCUUUGGUAUCGUAGAAAAGUGACAGACACUGGCACCGAUUCUCUGGGAUUCGAUGUGAUUGAUGAAUGGGGAAGGAUGAUCCCUGACCCUGAUCGAUGGCCGUCGUCUAGUGGUGGGAAAGGGUUCACUGAAGUCGCAAAUAAAGUCCAUAGCAUGGGACUGAAGUUCGGGAUACAUGUCAUGAGAGGAAUAAGCACGCAAGCUGUCAAUGCUAACUCUCCUAUACUGGAUACCACCACGGGACGUGCAUAUGAAGAGUCCAGUCGAGUUUGGCAUGCACAAGAUAUAGGGCUUACGGAAAAGACUUGUGCUUGGAUGCAACAUGGAUUCAUGAGUGUAAAUACUGACUUAGGAGCCGGAAAAGCCUUCUUGAGGUCACUUUAUCAGCAAUAUGCAUCGUGGGGCGUUGAUUUCAUUAAAAAUGACUGUGUAUUUGGUAACGAUCUGAAUAUAAAUGAGAUCACGUACAUCUCUGAGAUUCUAAAGGAGCUUGACCGUCCAAUCCUGUAUUCUCUGUCUCCCGGAACUAGUGCAACACCAGAUAUGGCAAAGGCUGUGAGUGGAUUGAGCAACAUGUACAGAAUUACUGGGGAUGAUUGGGAUACAUGGGCAGAUGUUGCUGCACAUUUUGAUGUUGCAAGGGACUUCGCUGCAGCUAAAAUGAUUGGCGCCAGUGGCUUGUUGGGGACAUCAUGGCCUGACCUUGAUAUGCUACCACUGGGAUAUCUCACUGAUCCAGGUUCAAAUGAAGGCCCUCAUAGGACAUGUAGGCUUACCAUAAAGGAGCAAAGAACUCAGGUGACUUUGUGGUCAAUCGCCAAGUCUCCCCUCAUGUUUGGUGGAGAUUUGAGGAACAUUGAUGAUACAACUUUCAGUCUUAUCACCAAUCCUACUGUGCUUGAGAUAAAUUCCUACAGCUCAAACAAUGUGGAGUUCCCAUAUAUCAGUGGGGUGGGUCCAAGUGGUAGAAAUUACGAGCCGUCUAAAAUGUUCCCGACAAGAAUGGAAGAGUCAGUGGUAGAGGUUGUGGGUCUGACUAGUUGCAAAGAUCCAAAAGCAAGCGGAUGGCUGAUCGAAGGGCUGGACCAAGAUUUGGAGCGGAUCUGCUGGAAAAAGAACAUGGAGGGUAGACAUGGAGAACCUUUUUGCCUAUACAAGAGAAAUUCUUCGGUCAAAUCAGACAAAGAGAUAACGUACGGGAGCCAAUAUCUGGGAACACUUCCCUUAUUAGCUUCUGAAAAUGCGGACUUCUGCUUAAAUGCUUCUCCAAGACGCAAAAUCACGUCUAGUGAGUUUACAAGAGGCUCAUUUUCCCGCUGCACAUGGAAUGCUAAUCAGAUAUGGGAGUUUCACAGUAACGGGACACUGAUAAGCAGCUAUUCUGGACAAUGCGCAAUAAUGAAAAAAGUCAAAGCUAAUGAUGCUGAUGCAGGAAUUCGCUCCUGGAUCGCAACUGGAAGAUCAGGAGAAAUAUAUCUAGCCUUUUUCAACCUGAAUCAAGUCGACAUGGUGAUAGCCACGCAUGUCUCCGACCUGGCCAAGGGUCUUCCUGGUCGGAGCGUCACUUCUUGUACAGGCAAAGAAAUAUGGACGGACACCGACUACAUCCAACCAAUGAAUGACACAGUAGCAGCAAUGGUGGAUUCUCAUGAUUCCGCCCUAUUUGUCCUCAACUGUAAUUGAUUAGGACGAAUAGGUGCAAAUAAGAUUUUGGUUUCAAAUUCCUUUGAACUUUAUUCCUGUUUGCCUCCUUACCUUCAUCGGCAUCG